UCUUGACACGCUGAGACGCGCCCACCCGCACCCAGGAGCCCUACACCUGCUCUCUAGGCGCUAAAUCUAUUAGCAGCGUCCCAGAGCAAGUGGCAGCCACGAACAGGACGAGACACUUUUUUCUUGGAACAAGAUGAAGAGACACUGUUUAAAACAGGCAACUACCACAACGGUUCUCACCUUCCUUCUGGGAAGCCUAAUGUACCAAUCAUAUGCCAAGGCCAGAAUAGCACCAUUGAAUGUGGAAGAACAAGAAAAGAUAGCAUGUCUCCUUCAAGACAACAGAGAAAUCUGCAGUCAUUUCAGAGUCAAGCGAGACACAAGCAGUUGUGAGAAUAACAAUUACAUUACUGCAGCUGUUAUAAACAGUUCUCUUUUUCCAAUCACGUACACCUCUUCUCAGUUUGACGCGUGUUUAAGCAACCAGACGGUGAAGGAAAACUUGCAAAUUUUAGUUUAUAAAAUUUAUAUGAUAAAUUUGCAGCAGAUGAUUCUGGACAAACUGGAUGAGGCCUACCCAUAUGGAGUUCCAGAAGAUCAGGUGCUGGUACUUCAACCUAUUGCAACAGUGGCCUCUGUAAAAAACAUCAAUAACUGGAACAUUACUAAACUGUCAACACUGGAAGCCUUAUUGAACACAUCCUAUGGAUCAUGGACUGCUAACCAGACAGCAGCACUCAUCGCACGCUAUUUAGGUGCUGGCAAUCCUCUUGAUUUAAAUUUGCUGCAAGCAAUCGGAGGGCCCGGCAUUUGCACAUUUAAUAUAAAUCUGCUGAGUAAUAUAAGUGAAGAAAUUCUGAGGGAUUUGGGGCCAAUAAACAUUUCUACAUGUUCUCUUGACAAGAAACAACUGUUGUAUGCUAAAGCCAAAUUAGCAUUCAUGGGUGAACGGAAUAACACCAAGCAGUACUACUCUGACUUGACCAAUUAUCUGGGUGGUGCUCCCCUGGAAGAUAUAAAAGGACUCAUUAAUGAUAAUUUUACUCUGGACAUGCCAACACUCUUAACCUUAGACCCCAAUGUGUUACUGCAACUCAGUGCCUUAGAUGUCAAGAGAAUUCUUGGUGAUAAAAUAGUAACACUGCCUCAGUAUGAGAGUAACCCAAUAGUACAACAGUGGAUUGAUAACCAGCCACAGUCGGCCCUGGCGUUCCUGAACCUCAACCUAACUGGGGGCUUGGUAUACAACAAUCCUCCAUGGGUAUUCAACUUCUCCAUAUAUAUACCAGUUACUGGAAGAGGCAGCGUGAACUUGCCAGAGGUGUUGGCCACAAUUCUGACUGCUUUGCUGAUGGCCUCAUGGCAGACGUUUAUGUGAUGGAGGCACUUCAAAGUGGCUGAAAUGCUGCUAAAUGGACUAAGAAUAUAGAGGGCUGCUGGCAUAUUCUGUUCUCUUUAAGAAAGGAACUUGAGGCACACAAGCAGGCGCCUUUUGGAGUGUUUUUUUUUUUUUUCUUUUUCUUGAUAAACACAUUUUUUUAUUCCAGCUUUCAUUGUGCAAUUUAACUUUGAUUGUAAUCUUUAUAAUGUAAUAAUGUUAGAAAAUGUUAAUAUAGCUGAACUCAAGCUGUUAUUAGGACUUGCUCACAAGUGCUUCAUGUUCUAAAGUUUGAGCAGCAUGGCACGCUCUGUUGCUUUCUCGCUCUUAAUUUUAAAGAGAAACAUCACAUCACUGUAUUAUGAGAUAUUUCCUACAUAUUUAUUAUAUAUUGGAUAUAAGAUUUACAGGGAGAUUACUGCCAUACCAUGAAAUGAACGGGGUCAGGGACAUCUUGCUCAGCUUUCCCUUCCCUUAUAAUAUUUUAUGUUAUAUUUGUAUUUGCAAUGCCAAUGAAUCCUGUAAUGAAUAUUUUUAUUAUGUAUUGUUAAUGACUUCCUACUAUGUUAAAUUUAAAAUUUACCUUAAAGUACAAUUAUAUAGACAUUUUUCCUUUAGGCAUUUAUGGAGCACAGACAGGUUAAGGGACUUGCUCAGGGUCACACAAUGAGUCUGAAGUUGAUUGAAGCAGGAAGGGUUCAGGGCCUUAGCCACUACGUCACACUGACAGCAGACAAGUGACAUUUACUUCACCGUGGACCUUUCUCUAAUGACCACCAUGUCAAGCACAAAGCUCUUGUGCAGCCACUCACAUAUUGUUUAAGAUUUACACAGGGAAUUGGAGAAGAGGACUUGACUACCAACCUUGUGCUUUAAAGUCUGAUGCCUUGGUCACUGAGUCACGCUGCCUACCACAUUAAAAUUUCUUUCCAAAAUGCUACCCAGAUACAUUUUUACAUUAAAAUAGAAACUACAUUGCAUUUAACAACAUACGUGGAGCACUUAACUACAAGUAAAACUUCCUGUUCAAUAAUGCUUGUGAUAAGGCAAUCUAUCGCUGUUUCAACUUCAGAAAACAUUUAGUGGCUAAGAGCCAAAGGUUUGUGGGGUGUCACCCCAUGAACUGAACAGGCAGUAUUACUAAAAGAAAGAGGAUUUUAAAAUAAAAUAUAAAAACAAUGAUUUUUGAGAUAUUGGGCACAGUUUUGUAACUAAUAUGUAUAGCUUGUACAAGUAGCAGAAACUGGCAUUCAGUAAAACAUACCUGUUAGGCAAAUUCAUAGAAACAUUGUAGCGUAAACUUCACAUGCAGGACUGUACUGAUCAAGCAUCUAUGCCCAAAGAUGCACUAGUUGGGAUUAUCUGGAGACUUCCAACUGGCCAAAUGGGUGUGCAAAUGUCACAGGGUCCUGCGAUGGCUUGGCACUUUGUCUAGGGCCGAUUCCUGCCUUGUGUUCUGUGCUGCCAGGACAGGCUCAGCUGGCCCCAACUUGGAGUAAGUGGGAUUGGAAAAAUGCAUUUAUAUUGUGUCCAUCACACUUGGUGUAGUUCAGGGGCCAUCGACUUUCCUAGCAGUAUAAGGCACAGGGCAGGUGGAAACCUCAGAAACCCUUAAUAGUGCUAUGUUUAAAAAUAUUUAAUUAACACAAUUACUUUGAAAGGUGGAUUUUUCCAGGCUUUAGAAAAGUCCAGCAUGCAUUUUUAUUAGGAUAUGAUUUUUUUUUUUUUUCUUUUCAUACCAUCACAGACUACAAGUACAGCCUCUGCAUCAAAGGUCCUCAAGUUUAGAGCCGGGGUCCCCUGUGGCUGCAGGUUUUCCAGUCACUGAAUUGUUUCUACCUUCAUUUGAUCUCAUUUUAAUUUUUGGUUCUUUAUAUUUGUUUUCUUAUUUUGCAAUCAGAAAGGUUCAUUAGUGUUAGAUGUAUAUUGAUAAAAAAUAAAUAAUCAUCUAAAAAUAUGGCAAAAACACAUUUAACUCAUGAACUCGUUUUCCUUUCAAUUCACUUGUCCUGUGGAAUUUGCGAUCAACUGUAUCCGACAAAUUGUGACGAAAAGCGCAUGCGCAUCAGUGAAACGCCCAACUGCUCAUGGACAGCAGUUUUAGUGUCACCACUCACGUUAAUAAUAAGAAAUGGCAUAGGUGUUUUUUAAACUGUGACUUGUAUGAAAUUGGGUCGUGCUGAAUCAUGAAUUACAAUUGUACUGAAUGAGAAAGGGUCGCAAACGGUUAGGGGAAGGCCUUGCGGUGGGUUGCACCCGGACGGUGGGAAUGGGAACAACGAUGGUCCGCUGUGCAACCAGCUCAACUGGGUCGCGAAGAAAAAAAAGUUUAAGGACUACUGAUUUAGAUAACUAAACAACUAAGAAGAACAAAUUAGUUAAAAGAAAGAAAAAUAGCUGCUGCGUUUUAAACACAAAGCCCUGCUUCAUUUAAUAAAAAUUUUGCAUAAGCAGUUUAUACCCUUGCUUACUGGAUAUGUACAAAUAAAAGAUAAAAAUCGGUCGAGAUGAACACCUACAGCAACGUGGAGCCUCCAGGACUGAACUUGAGAAGCAGCAGGCUAAAUUAUGUAAUCUCAAUAGCUCAGGUUAAAAAAGAAAGGCUGAAAUAGAAAAAUGGUUAAUGCUAUUGCUCCUUGAAUACGGGAUGAUGGAUUUUUAAUAAAUGUACAAAGGCAAUGGGGCUAUAAAUAUCACAGUUCUUAUUGUAUUAUUUUGCAAUGCUAUGUUUUUUUUUCUUUAUGUUCCACUAGCCAAAUGAAGAGAUUACAUUUUCAUGUCAGGAAAAUGCCUUCUAAUUUAGCUAUUAAGGUUAUACUUUUCUUUUAUGUGUUAUACCCUUCUAAUUUAAGUAUAUGUAUAAGUAUAAGUUAAUAAAUUGCAAUUUAUAUACAUAAAUAUAUUUUGUCAUAGUGUGAAA